AUGAACAGCAUUGUUGCCGUCCUUGUGCUGGUCCUCAGCUCCGCGGCUGCGGUUCCUGUCCCCGACCAGGAGCAGGGGCCCGUCCGUGGCGAGUCUCCGCAGUCUGCCUACCUGGGCCUUCCCUCCGGCUCGGACGAGAUCGUCAGCCCCAUCGACAUCUCGUUCAGCUGCGCCCACCGCAGCCUUGGCUACUACGCUGAUGUCGGCAACGAGUGCAAGAUCUUCCACGUCUGCAACCCCGUCCUUCUGAGCGACGGACAGGUGGCCAUGAUGCAGUACAGCUUCGUGUGCCCCAACGGCACCCUGUUCGACCAGCAGAGCCUGACCUGCACCGCCCCUCCCGGCACUGCACCCUGCGUCCAGGCUGAGAGCUUCUACUACCUCAACCGUCACGUCGGCCAAGUUGGAGCUGCUGGCGUGCCCGUCGCCUCACCCCCCGUCCAGCCCGAGCUUCAGCGUCCCGCUGUCGUGCCAGAGCCCAAGCACGAGACUCCCGUCCACCAGCAGCAGCUCGCCCCUCCUGCCGACUCCAAGCCUGCUGGCGGUGACGACAGCGUCGUGAGGCCGGCGUCCUACUACGGCGGAAAGGGCAACUAAACAGAAAA